AAUUGUCACGUGUGUUGACAUAUUAUCGCAGUAUGGAAGUGAACAGAAACACACGGCUGUAGACUUUUUAUUAACGGUAAUAGUCUAUAAGAGGUGAAAAAGUCUGGCAUUUUUCACAAAAUGGUGGAUGUAACGACUGCAUUGCCGUCGACUGAUGCUGGCUCGUUCAUGGGUCGUACCAAAGGUGCAUUAAGGUCAAUGAGGUCAGUUUUAGGUGAAGGUGGAGAGUAUCUUCAAGGACUGGGAAACAAAAUUGGAUCUGCUCUUAGUAAUAGUUUAGAAGAAAGUGAACUCAAUACAACACCAUCGUCUUCCUCUUCUCCACAAGCAUUAGCGAAAGAAGAAGAACUUGGUCGAAGAAAAUUGAGACUUCCAAAAUUUGGAGCUGGAAUAUCUUAUGAAGAUUACGAAGCAAUGUCACGGCAUAAAGUCGAACGUCAGGGUAGUGCAAAUACAACCAGAACACUUAGAAAGUAUCCUCCGGGUAUGACUUACGAGGAAAUAGCAUCCUCGAGAUCGGCUUCAGUGAAGAAAGAAGAAUUAGGAAAAAAAGACGACCAAACACGAAGCUCUGAUCGAGAUAGUCCCGAAAGUAUAGAACCUAUUCAAGAGAAGGAUAUAAAGGCAACAGGUCCAGAUCCUUAUGAAAAAUUAAAUUACAAAACCGCAAGGGCUCCCACUCGCUAUCAGACGGUCGUUUUUCGUUUAGACAUGCCUUGCAGUAGUGGUUCUGCAAGUGAUCAAGAUGGUUAUGGUCCAAGCACUAGUUUAGAUUCGAAUAUGGAUGGUCGAAAAUUAUGGCAGAGAUCAGGUUCUUCUGGAUCACUUCAAUCUUGGGCAUCAAGCUUAUCAGCCGAUAGUCAAUCAGAAGAGGCAGCAGCGGAAUUUAUGAAAUUUUUCGUCACACUUUUAUUUGAUUCGCCUGGAUCUAUUGAUCAAGAGCAAAAGGCCACUUUUGGACAAAUGGUUCAAACCGAGAAUGGAAGAAUUUGGUUUUCAAGAGUUGUGAAUGCAAGAAGAGCUCGUCCUUGUGUUUCUGAGGAAUCAUUUUAUUCGCUUGCACAACAUUUUGCUGUUGCACUUUUUGAAUGUCAUGAAGCCGACGAUUUUGCACCAGCUAAAAGUCUUAUGAAUAUGUGCUUCACUUUUUAUCACGAAGUUCAAGUGCCUGGCGUGGAACCCUAUCGCGAAUAUUUAUAUACAAAUUUAAGGGUUCAGCCAAUUUGGACGUCAAUGAGAUUUUGGACAGCGGCAUUUUUUGAUGCUGUUCAAUGUGAACGGGCAGUUCGCCCCGUACCACGAAGACCGAAAUUUUUAGAUCAAGAAGCUGUUGCUGCUGAGGAUAGAAAAUUUCAAGCAAAUAUAGUUUUUGGUCAAUUAGGAACUUUUACAUGCAAUAUGCAUGCAUUCGGUCUUUCGAGAAAUCUUUGCUUGGAAUUCCUUCGAAAACAAUGUGUCAUUGCAAAUCUUACAUCUGACCAAGAAAAAAUGCUUCGAGACAAUAUUGACAGGAUGUUUGACGAAACUGAGCCUUGGCGAUAGUUCGAUUUAGAAUAAACAAUAAUAAUAUAUUGAAAUUGAAGAAAGAAAUGAAAAAAAAUUUAAGCGAUUUUUUUUUUUUUUUAUUAAUUUAAA